AUGUGUAUGCACAAUCUCUUAUCAAUCCUCUGUUUUUUCCUCCUCGCCAAUAGCUUCGGCUACGUGUCUGCACAAAAAUGCGUGGACUCAAUGUUAUUCAGACCAAACAGUACUUACGACACAAACCGUCGUCUCAUUCUCUCAACUCUUGCUUCCAACGUCAGUUCUCGAGACGGCUACUACAACGGUUCUGUCGGUGAAGGACCUGGAAGAAUCUAUGCCCUAGGACUCUGUAUCCCAGGGGCUGAUCCAAAGCUCUGUUCUGAUUGUAUCCAAAUCGCAUCAACAGGUUUAUUACAAAACUGCCCGAACCAGACCAACUCAUACGACUGGAGAUCUCAGAAGACGCUUUGUUUCGUUCGUUACUCCAACAGCUCGUUUUUCAACGACAUGGAUCUAGAGCCAACGAUGGUGAUAGGAGAUUUAGAUGAUGGAAUAUUCCAAGGAAACCUUAAAGCUUAUACAAGAACAUGGGACUCGUUCAUGAACUUUAUGAUCACCCGUGUUGGUCAAACUCGUUACCUGGCUAAUACAUCUCCUCGGAUAGGUUCUGCUCGUAUAUACGCGCUGAUGCAGUGUAUUCCAGGGAUAUCAUCUGAAGAAUGUAAAACAUGUAUUCAAGAAAACGUGCGUGUGUACGAGAAUUGCUGUAAAGGGUUCAUAGGAGGAACAGUUCGUAAGCCGGUCUGUUUUUUCCGGUGGGAUGGUUCUGAAUAUCUUGGUGCCUUUGGUGACAAGUCAUCGCUAACUCCACCUCCUCCAGAUGGGAAAACAAUGUCUUCCGGAGCUAUUGUUUCGAUUGUUGUUUCCGCGGUUAUAUUUGUGGCGUUGCUCGGUUUAGCAUUAGUCGUUUGGAAGAGAAGACAAUCAUACAAAACACUAAAACCUCAAAUUAUUGCAGCUAAUGAUGGCAUGAUAAGUCCACAGUCUCUUCAAUUUGAUUUUGCAACAAUUGAAGCGGCAACAGAUAAAUUUUCGAUGAAUAAUAAGCUAGGCCAAGGCGGAUUUGGUGAAGUUUACAAGGGAAUGUUACCAAAUGAUACAGAAGUUGCGGUGAAGCGACUAUCGAGAAAUUCAGGACAAGGCACAAAAGAGUUCAAGAACGAAGUUGUGAUUGUGGCCAAGCUUCAACACAAGAAUCUUGUUAGGCUUCUUGGGUUUUGCUUAGAAACGGAUGAACAGAUACUUGUCUACGAGUUUGUUCCCAACAAGAGCCUUGACUAUUUCCUCUUUGACGUAACAAAGAAGAGUCAACUAGACUGGGAUAGACGAUACAACAUCAUAGGAGGGAUUACGCGAGGGCUUCUCUAUCUUCAUCAAGACUCACGGCUCACGAUCAUACACCGUGACAUCAAAGCAAGUAACAUUCUUUUAGAUGCUGAUAUGAACCCUAAGAUAGCGGAUUUUGGAAUGGCAAGGAAUUUCAGAGUAGACCAAACUGAAGACAACACAAGAAGAGUUGUUGGAACCUUCGGUUACAUGCCUCCAGAAUAUGUGACACGUGGCCAAUUCUCCACCAAAUCUGAUGUUUAUAGCUUCGGAGUAUUGAUUCUUGAGAUUGUUUGUGGCAAGAAGAAUAGCAGCUUCUAUCAUAUGGAUGAUUCUGGUGGCAAUUUGGUGACUCAUGUAUGGAGACUUUGGAACAAUGCUUCACCUUUGGAUCUCAUCGACCCCGCGAUUAGGGAAAGCUAUGAGAAGGAUGAAGUCGUUAGAUGCAUCCAUAUCGGACUAUUAUGUGUUCAAGAAACUCCUGCAGAUCGUCCAGCUAUGUAUACAAUCUAUCAAAUGCUUACCAAUAGCUCAAUUACUCUACCUGUGCCUCGACCACCCGGAUUUUUCUUCAGGAACAUACCUAGUUUAGACCCAUUAACUUAUGGAUCCGAGUUAGGGCAAUCCAGCAGCAAGUCUAUUCCUUAUUCCACAAACGACGAUUCAAUAACUAGAGUCACUCCUCGUUGA